AUGAGCGACUCGGCGGGAGGAGGCCCUCGCGUGCGGCGCUACCCCGAGCUGCCGGUGUGGGUGGUGGAGGACCACCAGGAGGUUCUGCCGUUCAUAUACCGAGCCAUUGGCUCAAAACAUCUUCCUGACAGUAAUAUAAGUUUUGUGCAUUUUGAUUCACAUCCAGACCUCCUUAUUCCUGUGAAUAUGCCAGCUGACACCGUGUUUGAUAAGGAAACUCUUUUUGGAGAAUUAAGUAUUGAGAACUGGAUUAUGCCUGCAGUUUAUGCUGGCCAUUUUUCCAAUGUAGUUUGGCUUCAUCCCACAUGGGCUCAGCAAAUCAGAGAGGGUACACAUCACUUUUUAGUAGGCAAAGACACUUCUACCACAACCAUCAGGGUAACAAGUACAGAUCACUACUUCCUAAGUGAUGGUCUUUAUGUAACUGAAGACCAGCUAGAGAACCAAAAACCUUUACAAUUGGAUGUAAUUAUGGUAAAGCCAUAUAAACUCUGUAACAAUCAAGAGGAAAACGAUGCAGUGUCUUCUGCUAAGAAACCAAAGCUAGCACGGGAAGAUGCAGAACACACUGCCUCUACUAACUGUGCCUCUUGUUCAGAAGGAUUGGAAAAGGACACGGUGACCCAGAGAAGGGUCCACACCAGCCUGGAACCUUCAUGUUCUUGUUCUUCUGAGAGCCAGGAAUGCCAGACUACGGUCAGCUCUGGAGAAAUUCUGGAAAUUUUGAAGAAAGGGGAUGCAUUUGUUUUAGAUAUUGACUUAGAUUUUUUUUCAGUCAAGAAUCCCUUCAAAGAAAUGUUCACUCAGGAGGAAUACAAAAUCUUACAAGAGCUGUACCAAUUUAAAAAGCCUGGCACCAACCUGACAGAGGAAGAUUUGGUAGAUUGUGUUGAUACUCGAAUUCACCAAUUAGAAGACUUAGAAGCUACUUUUGCUGAUUUGUGUGAUGGUGAUGAUGAAGAAACUGUACAGAAAUGGGCUUCAAACCCUGGAAUGGAAUCACUAAUUCCACUUGUGCAGAGUUUGAAAAAACGGAUGGACGUGCCAGACUAUGAAAUGGUUCAUCAGGCUGGUCUAACCUGUGAUUAUUCAGAACUUCCUCACCAUGUCAGCACAGAACAAGAAAUUGAGUAUCUUAUUCAGUCUGUAUAUUAUUUACUGAAAAGUUUACCAAAACCUACUCUUGUAACAAUAGCAAGGUCAAGUCUGGAUGAUUACUGUCCUUCUGAGCAAGUAGACGCCAUUCAGGAAAAAGUCCUCAGUGUACUCCGCUCCCUCUAUGGGACUCUAGACCUCCACCUGGAGUACUCAGCAAAGUCCCCUCCACCUUGA